CCGAAUUCCGACCAUUCUGAUUUCCGGCUAUACUUUACAUUGAUUUUACUGCGUCACGGGUUAUAAAAUAAAAAUAAUUUUUGGUUGCUAAAUUGGGUGUGGGUUUAUAAUUGUAAAUUGUAAUAAAAAAAUUGCAUUUCAGUUCCCAAGUUAUCGCUAUAUCAUUGAAUAUAGUGUAUAAAACUGGCUACUUAUUAAACUUGAAAAAUUACUUAGGUACAUAAUUUUAAAAUAUUCAUGUCUGAUAUAAUAUCUAUCCUCAAAUUGGACCAGAGGCACAUAUCAAAUGUAAUAGUAGCAAAAGAACUCAAUCAUUGUGAUAGCUCAUUUAUUACCAGUUGUGUGCUUGGACAUUGCAUCAAAACAGGCAGUAGUGUGUUUGUAAUUUGUUUGCAUAGUACCACACCUCACUAUGAAAGUGUUGGAAUGAAAAUGUCAUACAACUUACAGAAGAGUAUUAACAGUGGUCUUAUAAAGUUUUUUAAUCUAGAUAUGAUGGAUGUUGGUUUAGGGCUGCAAACAAAUUGUUUAGUUUCACCUGAGAAAUUUAUUACACAGGCAAAAAGGUAUCUUGAGGCUAUGAAAAAUAAGCAUUUGCAUGUUAACAUUAUAUUUGAAGGAGUCUCUCAUUUAUUUGAUAUAGGAUAUAGCCUGAAAGAAAUUCAUUUUAUAUGCAAAGAGCUGGUUGAUAUAACAAGAAAAGAUAAAUCUUUCUUAUUGUUAAACUGCAAUGUUGCAAACGAAGGUGAUGAGACUCACGUCUUGGCAAAUUUAUUAGCGCAUAAAUCUGAUGUUGCUGUGGAUAUAAAUCAAUUGAGUUCUGGGUGGAGUAUAGAUGUCACGGGAAAUAUAAAUGUUGUGUAUCCAAGUCGCAAGUUUAACUCUGAUUAUGUGUACAACUUAGACCCAAAGCCUUCCCACCACUUGUUCAAAAUGUUUGAUAGAGGCGUCAAGUUACUAGUACCUGGUACAUUACAUUAACAAAUUACUAGCCCUAGAAAGAUCUUACAUACCUGUGUAGCGUCAGUCACUCUGACAUCUUUAUGCUAUUCAACGUACACAGCAUAUUUAAUGGCACAGUUUAUUGUAUGUAAAACACAUAUGUUAUGUAUGAUUUAGAAGUUAAGAAUCUACCAUUCUAAUGUAGUUAAUAAAAUAUUUUAUAAUAAAAAUAUAAGAAAAUUUA